AUGGCUUCUUCCUCGGCUCUUUCAACCACUUGCAAGCUCUUCUGGGUCAACGUCCACAACAACGUCGUCGAGAUUGACAACGACAAGGCCGUCUGCGACAGCUCUUACACCAAUUGCGUCAUAACAGGUACCAGCGGCGGCAAGCUCAAAGCAACGUGCGAUUCAAAACUACAUUUUCCAGACAGCGGCGUUUCUUCCUUCUAUGCUCAGUACUUCUGCGCCUGCAACGACAACCCAGUCUCCGUACCCGACAUCGUCACCUGUGGGACGUCAUGCUACGACCUCAGCACCAAGUUUCCCAACUGCGAAAUGGUCAGCCUCUACAACGGCUUCACCGACGCUAAUCCCUCUUCGUCCUACAAUGAGGCUUGCACUGCUAUGACCUGCGAUAGCGCGGGACUGCAUUGUACCAACGACUCAUCGACCGUCUACACUUGCGACAACAACGAGCAUCAAUCUCAGAUCGCUUCGGAUUCUACCCAUUCUUAUGUAUGCAACUGCAAAGGGACAGCGAAGAUUCCCUCGCCGUAUAGCGGAUCCGGGCAGAGCAUCCAAGGAAAGGGUUGCGGGACGAAUGCGGCCAGUGCUGGAGGAGGUGGAGGUGGAGGUGGAAGUGAAGGUACGGUGGCUUCGACUUCCAGUUCCAGUAGUGGAAGCACUGUGACUACUUCCACGCAGCCUGUUUCAACUUCAGCUGAACGAACUGGAUCGGCAGCGAGAGGCCAGGUUUCCAGACGCUCGUUGGUUGCCACUGCUCUCAUUGUCAUGUGGGUGCUCCAGCUAUAA